AUGAAAAACGUGCUUGGAGUGUUUGAUUUUUCAUGCACAGAGCGCACGAGGCUUGUAUCUUGUAGUGAUGAUGGCAUCAUUUCCAAGUAUGAAGAAGAGAAGGAAAGGCUCUGCACACGAUAUGAACAACUGAGAAAGAAAGAAAGGAGUCUGAUAUCUGAGCAUGAGAAAACUUGUACUGAUAAAAUUGCUAAACUGGAAGAGUCCUUGAAAAAGAAGAAGCAGGAUGACAUGACUUUCAGCGUUCUGAGAAAGACUCUUGGCUCAUUUCUGGAGAGUACUUCAGACGAGGACAUCCCAGCUGAUGAUUGA